CGAGAAGUGUCAGUGAAUAUUUUACAUUACAAGGAACAGCCUUUGGGCUGAAAAAAUAAUUUAAUAAAAAAUGAGGGAAGCUGGAAUAAUGUUAAUAAGUACAGCACUAACAUGUGCUGUAAUAGGCAAUGCUUACUAUCAAAGAAAACAAUUUUAUCCAACAGUAGUUCACAUAACCAAAUCAAAUCCUAGUAUGACGGUAAUCUAUGCACAAGGUUUAAUUCUAGUGUUUAUGAUAAAUGCUUUUCUUCGAAAGAUAUUUUUUGGUACUUUACGUGCUGCUGAACUUGAGCAUCUGUUAGAAAAAGUAUGGUACGCUGUGACUGAAACUUGUCUAGCAUUUACAGUAUUCAGAGAUGAUUUUAGUCCAAAAUUCAUAGCACUAUUCACACUUUUAUUAUUUUUAAAAUCAUUUCAUUGGCUGGCAGAAGAUCGUGUAGAUUAUAUGGAAAGGAGUCCUGUGAUAACAUGGCUAUUUCACAUUCGAGUUGGUACAUUAUUAGGACUUUUAUUUGGUAUAAACUUAACUAUGAUUCAUUAUGCAUAUAACACAACAGCCACAAAAGGUCCUUCAGUACAGCUUGUAUUUGGUUUUGAGUAUGCUAUUCUUUUAACAGUUGUGUUCAAUAUUAGCGUAAAGUAUAUACUGCAUACAAUAGAUCUACAAAGUGAAAAUCCGUGGGACAAUAAGCCAGUGUUUCUUUUGUACACGGAAUUAAUAAUUGGACUAUUAAAGGUUAUUUUAUACAUUGCUUUUGUCACACUAAUGGUAAAAUUAUAUACUUUACCUUUGUUUGCACUUCGUGCAAUGUAUUACACAAUGAGAGACUUUAAAAAAGCUUUCCAUGAUAUUGUAAUGUCUCGGCGAGCUAUUAGAAACAUGAAUACCUUAUAUCCAGAUGCAACAGCAGAAGAAUUAGCUGCUGCUGAUAAUGUUUGUAUAAUAUGCAGGGAAGAAAUGGUAGCAGCAAGUAAAAAAUUGCCAUGUAACCAUAUUUUUCACACUGCUUGUUUACGUUCAUGGUUUCAACGUCAACAAACAUGUCCCACCUGCCGCUUAAAUAUUUUAAGACCAGUUAACAAUAACCAAGGAAAUAGGCAACAAAACCAACCACAAGCAGGGCCACAAGUACCUCAAGCCCCACAAGCACCAGGGUUCAAUCCAAUUGUUCAGGUUUUACCAGCAUUUUGGGCUGAAUUACAAGCUCCAGGAGCAGUUCCUCAGCAACCAGUUCCAGGGGAUGCGACGCCGCAACAACAAGCUCAACAUGGCAGUUCUGCAAGUACUCCCUCCACAUCGUUUCAAAAUUUAGCAGCCAAUGGAGUACCAUUGUUUCCACCACCAUUUCCUACUAUGGUACCAUUACCACCUAUUCCUACACCACCACCAAAUUUAACUGAACUGAGUGAAGAUGAACUUAGAGCAAUGGAGGGUAAUUUGAGACAAGCUGUUGAAGCUAGAAUACAAAUGUUACAAAGAGUUCAGCUUUUACUAGAUGCCGCCAGUGCAAUGAUGAAUCAGUACCAAACAGCAGCUGCUACUGCUAACAUUCCAGUGCCAACUGCAACAAGUAGUAUGAAUGUUUCAUCGAAUGUUUCUUCAAUGUCAAAACCAGGAAUGUCAAAAGAUACAAGUUCUGAAGUUGAUAAUGAACAACCUCAAGCUAAAACUGAAACGAAUGUUCCUACUGUAAAUUCUUCCAAUGAUGUGAAUACGUUGUCUGGCACAAGUAGUACUGAUGUAAAUCCAGAACCAUCGGUUAGGAACGACGUGGAAUCAAGUGAACAAGAAAUGCUUCGGAGACGUCUGAUUGCAGAUGUGAGUGAUAAAAAGAGCGUGUAACAAUUACGGUCAAGAGCUUGAAAUUAAAAAUUUACAUUGCAAUAUCAAUAAUUACGAAUGUAUGAAAUAAUCAGUUGAAUGAAAAAAAUAAAAUAAUUUUUUUUUUUUUUAUUUAUGUAUAUUGUUUUAGAAAAAAAUUUACUCAUAAACAUGAGUAAAUUGCAGUUCCAAAAAAUUUUGUACGUAUUCAAAAUUAUUUAAUUUGUUGUACACCUAUAUGUAUGUACUUUGUACCAUGAUACAGAUUUCUCCAAAAUAUUUUGCAAGAUAAUUUUUGUAUCGAUUAAAUUGUUACUGUAAUCUACAUCUAGAAAUUAUUCUGGUUUUCUAAAUCCCUUAACUUCACAUUAAAAAUACGACAUACAAUAUUUUAUAAGUUUUUAUUGUACUAUAUUCAGGCUAUUGUACAAAUUUUAUGAAUUAUUACAUGUUAGGAAUACUUGUUUCUAUACAUGGGAGAGGUAAUGUCAGUCAUUAUAAUAUGAC